CUGACUACUGUAUUUUAAAAGGCAUUGGAAGGUAGUAUAUAAUUUUAUUUCAUAAUAUUGUUUACUCAAGAAAAUAAAUAUAAUACUGAUGAGUUUUAUUCAUUCGCAUAAUUUUUGUUAAAAAUUAACUUCUGUUAUCGAGAAUCGUGUUUUUCUUCGAGAAACAUCAGGCAAGGUAGUUAACUCGUGGAAGGUUAUAUUCUGUUGUGAUAACAGUAGUGUUUACAGUAGUGUUGUGUUGUAUUCGUUUUUGUUUUGGUAUUCAGAAAAAUGACUCGACAUGCACGUAAUUGCACAGCAGGUGCAGUAUAUACAUAUCAUGAAAAGAAAAAGGAUGCAGAAGCAUCUGGUUAUGGAACGCAAAAUAGACGUGUUGGUAAAGACUCUAUUAAAGAUUUUGAUUGCUGCUGUUUAACGCUUCAACCUUGUGCCAAUCCUGUAAUUACAUCAGAUGGCUUUUUAUUCGAUAAAGAAGCGAUUAUUCAAUACAUUAUAUCGAAGAAAAAUGAAAUCAGCAGAAAACUUAAGGAAUUCGAAAAACAGAAACGGAGAGAACAGGCUGAACUAGAAGAACUUGCUGAAGCAGAAAGGCGAUCAAAACUUAAUGACUUUUUAAAAAUUGAAAAGAAUAUUGUCAGCAAUCAAAGUAGUAGUUCAAAAGAAAGGAAAAGUGAUUUACCAUCUGUUUCAAAUAUGACUGAAGGAAGAGAUAAGAACCUCCCAAGUUUUUGGAUUCCAUCAAAAACACCUGAAGUAAAAUUAAAAAAGUUGGAAAAACCUGAUAAAACCGUUUAUUGCCCAAUGACCAAUAAACCUUUGAGGUUAAAAGAUUUAAUUGAUGUUAAGUUUACUUUAGUGAAAGACCCUGAUGAUAAAAAAUCUUUGAUUAUAAAAGAGAAUAGAUACAUGUGUGGUGUUACUCAUGAUAUUUUGAGCAAUGCUGUGCCUUGUGCUGUAAUAAGAACCACAGGUGAUGUCGUUACAAUGGAAUGUGUUGAAAAAAUUAUCAAGAAAGAUUGGAUUCAUCCUCUCACCGGUGAAAAACUUACUGAAAGAGACAUUAUUCCAAUGCAAAGGGUAUAUUUUGUACUUUUUGAUUUCUUAUGUGUAUAAAAUAUUACAAAAUUAAAAACAAAAUAAUUUUUAGGGAGGAACUGGCUAUGCACAUACGAAUGAACGCUUAGAAGGAAAAUAUGAACGUCCUGUCCUCCAAGCAUAAAUAUUUUGAUUGUUCCAUAGUUUUUCUAACCGAAAUAAUAAUUGACCACCCAUAUCUGUCAAAUGAGAUAUAAUUUUUAAGGAGAUGUGAACACUUGGAUUACUUUCUGUUCUUUAAUUUUUAUAUGUAUAUGUUUACUGUAAAUUAAUUUAUUGUAAAAAAUGUAAAUAUAUUUUUAUAAUAAAAGAGAGAAUGUUUAGCAACACAAAAAAUCAUGAACAUUUUUAUCUGAGUUAGUUACCCUUCU